AGCCAGCUACUCCAUCUCCCACCCAACCUCCUUGGCAACUGGCAUUGCCACCCCCACAGUAGAGACAGACAGCCACGCGCGCGAGGCGCUCCACUCAAGCUCAGGCCACUCUACCUCGCUCUCGGCCAUGGCGUCAGGGGAAGCAGAGCCGCUGCAGUACACGACCACCGCGCUGCGGGUGUCCAUCCACUGCGAGGGCUGCAGGAAGAAGGUCAAGAAGGUGCUCCACAGCAUCGAAGGCGUGUACAAGGUGACGGUGGACGCGGCGCAGCACAAGGUGACCGUCACAGGCAGCGUGGAAGCGGCCGCGCUCGUCCGGCGGCUGCACAAGGCCGGCAAGCAGGCGGCGCCGUGGCCUUCGCCGGCGCCGGCAAACGUCGAGGCCAACAAGGCCGCGCCUGCUGCACCCGGGGAGGGCGGCGCCAAGGAGGCCGCGGACACGAAGGCGGCUGAGGCCGACGCCAAGGAGAAGAAACCGGCCAAGGACAAGGGCUCGGGCAAGAAUGCCGGAACGGGCGAGGCCGCCGACGCGAAACCCGGCAAGGACGUGGCCAGCAGCGACGCCGCCGAGGUGAUCGCGGGGCCCAAGGAGGCGGAAAAGGCCUCCUCCCCUGAGCCUGUGGCCGCGAAGCCAGACGCCGCCGAGGAGCCCAAGGACGGCGGCGAGGGCGGCAGGAAGAAGGGCAAGAAGAGUAAGAAGAACAAGCCCAAGGACGGCGGCGAGGGGGAUGUCCCGGCCCCGGCCGCAACCCCGGCGGCACCUCCCGAGAAGAAGGCGCCGCAGCAGCCCUCGGCUGUGCCAGCGCCGGCGCCUGGUCCCGAGCGCCCGCACGGCGGCGGCGGCGCGUUCCCGUGCUACGCUGCGCAGCCGGUGCUUAGCUACAACGUGGCGCACCCGAGCUCCAGCGUGUCGUACUGCGCGCCCACGGCAGCCGUGCCCAUGCCCCCGCCGCCGCCGCAGAUGGUGUCGUACUGGUACCCGCCAUACCCGGCCAUGGUGCCGGUGCCGGCGGAGUUUGUGUACGGCCCGCCGGGCGGCGUGCGGUCGUUCCCGCCGCACGAGUCGUACAACAACAUGUUCAACGAGGACAACGCCAACUCGUGCAGCCUCAUGUGAUGUCACGACGCGCCGGCGUGGUGUCCCCGGGCCGUCUACGGUGGCUCUCGUGAACCACAAGCCUCCCCGAUGGUGUCUCGUGCCGUCAAAUUAGGCGGACAGCGCUCCAGAUUUUAAUUUUUUUUACUGUACCCUCGGCUAUAAAUUGCUCCUCGGCGCAUCGUGUAAUCAGAUGGUGGUGGUAUUCUUCCACUUGCAAGCUG